AAACCCCACGACCCUACUUUUGAGAAAAUAAACCGGCGCUGGAUUGGCGGAGAGCGGUCACGUGAGCACCGCUGCGCUGGAGUUUCUACGACAGCUGGGAGCCGCUCGAGAGGACAGAGCGCGAGAGGCGGCGGUGCCUGCAACGCUUCGCACAAAGUUUCAGCAGCAUGGGAGACAAGCGGAGUCCGACGAGGCCGAAACGGCAAGCGAAGCCCUCCUCCGACGACGGCUACUGGGACUGCAGCGUGUGUACAUUCAAGAACAGCGCCGAAGCGUUCAAAUGCAUGAUGUGCGAUGUCAGGAAGGGCACGUCAACGCGGAAACCUCGUCCUGUUUCCCAGCUGGUAGCCCAGCAAGUCACACAGCAGUUUGCCUCACCCACACAGCCCAAGAAAGAGAAAAAGGAAAAGACGGAGAAGGACAAAAACGAGAGAGAAACGACACUGAAAAAGAACAGCCACAAGAAAAUGAGGCCCAGGUUAAAAAAUGUGGACCGGAGCAGCGCGCAGCAUCUGGAAGUGACAGUGGGAGAUCUGACGGUUAUCAUAACAGACUUUAAGGAGAAAACUAAGCCCUCCUCCAGUUCGACCUCCAGCGCAGCAUCUGGAGACCACCACAGCCAGAGCGGAUCCAAUUCAGACAACACAGAGAAGGGGAUCUCCAGAUCCUCGUCUCCGCGAGGGGAGGGUUCCUCACUCAACGGGGAAUCUCACUAGAAACCCGUGGAUUAUGAACGUUACUUCCAGUCUCCUGCACCUAAUAUAUCCAUUUUAAAACGAACAGCCACAGGAGCGCGCUUACGUAUGCCAAGACUUACCGAGACGCAGACUUAACCCAGCAAUAUAAGCCAUCUCUCACUACUACCACAGAUCUGAAACAUAGGAUUUCACCAUAAUACACUUGUCCUGAUUUGUUACAAUGCCCAGUAGGUCAGCUUGAGAUAAACUGUAGACUUUGUAAGAAAUUUUGAUGAUUGAAUUUUGACAUUUUGACAAUUUAAUUUCUAUAGCACGUGGUAGUAUUACAAAUCAGAUAAGUGUUGUCUGUUUGGAUUUGGACAUUGACACCCAUUCUCAUUUUCUUCAUAAACAUUUUUUAAAACCACAAUCUGUAAUUUUUUUGCAACCGCACCCAGUGUGUCUCGGGAAUUAGCCCUGGGGCUUAAAAACAUUCAACUGGAACAUUGUGAACGUAUUUGCUUCUACAUUAAUGACUUGUCAGUUGCAAAAUGUUACUUUAAUAUUCUUAAAAUGCAUUACAAGAUGCGCGUUAAGCCGUCUGUGAAUAACUGUGACCCAAACAGGACUUCCUUUCUCAAUAGUUUGUUGCACCUGCUGGUACUUUUUGUACGGUUUCAUGAGAAAAAUCUUUAAAACGCAGAAAUUAAUUGUUUGAUUUGUUCUUGUUCAUGGCGUUUUGUCAUAGAUUGCAUCAUUAGUUGUUCUACCAGCGCUGUUUUGUGUUAGAUUGUCUUGAUAUAAUUCUGUUAAUUCCACGGGAAACCUAACAUUUAUGACUAAAGACGACAAAUGUAUUUGUAAGAUGUUGAAUUCAUCCCUUCCUUUAUGAUGAUCGGUGGUAUAUAAAUAUAUUGCAGUAUAGGAAAUAUCUCUUAAUAAAAUUUAAGAUUUAGA